AUGUCGAACUCGAUGCCGGUGAUGACAGAACCUAACGCUUCUGGAGAUGUACGAGUUGCGCUUUCCAACAGUGAAUCGCUUAAUCUCAGCUUGGGAGGUUUGACUCUUCCUACUACGGGUGGCAGUACUACCGCUAUUAACAGCGGAAGCUCUAAUAGGUCACAGAAUACGUCAAAAGUUAACGGUGCACCGAAUAAUCCAGCAGUGGGCGGUCCCACUUUGGCUGAUAUUUUAGGAUCCAACGCUACGCCGCCACAUGUGGGUUCCGGCAAUAGUAGCCAUCCAACGGUCGGUAGCAACGCUACACCGAUAGCCAAUGAUAGAUCAUCAUGUACGUUAACGGGUCCGAACCAUACCUCAGGGCCGGCUAAUCACAGCACGCAUUCGCCAACACACUUUGGAGUGAUGCCACAGGUAUCCGGUGGUCCCGAGCUGGCUUCAGGGACCACCAACUCGACCACUUCAAGUGUACAAAUAUGUCAGCGUAUGGAUGAGGUUAGUGCACGGAUGAUCGCGAUGGAAGAGGUGUUCAACAAACUGUGCUGCAAGAUUACUGAUCAAGAAGCCACUAUACAACUUCUGCGGCAGCAAAGCGAGCGGUUUUUGACUACGAUCCUAGCCGAGGUUCGCCAGGUCAACCAAAGCAUUCCUAUUCUCGACAACCCGGAGGACAACGAGAAGGACGGCUUUGUGACUGAUUUACUAAAUUCUAUCACGAACGUGAGUUCCAACUACUUGAAAAAGGUCAACUCCAAUCACACCCAGAAGUACAAGCGCCAGAGAACCUCCUUUAGCGAGUCUGAUGGCAAUUUGGCAAAACAUGACAAGACUGCGUACACUGCCGACAGACCAGCAUCCCCGCAAAAACAACAAACAAACGACAAAUCUACAGCCAAGACUCCUACUACGUCACAACAGUUUUUUGCCCAACAACAGCAUGUUUUUGAUAAUACUCAGGAGGCCAACACCUCGCAGAUCCCGUUACCAAACUAUCUCACGCAGCAAUCCUUCACUUUGAAUCCCAAUGGUAUCAAGCGGAGAAGAGCUAACACUUCUACGAACAACAACACUCCUACGUCGAUCUCAAAUCAUCAAGAUUUCACAUCCCUUAACGGGAUAGGGUCCAUGAGCAUGCCUAAUUUGGCGCUUGAAAACAUGACUCGAAAAUUCCCGCCGAAUAUCAAUGACAAUACCAACUCCUCAAUUAUGGACAAUGGGCAAUCAAGUUCUAAAGUUCGUCAUCGCAACAUUGAUAUCCGAGUGGGGUCAGACAGGGGCGUCGAUACGGAUUCGACUGACGAGGAAGACGGAUACCAGGAGGAUGAUGAAGAUCACAACAGCGAAGGGUAUUCAUCACAAAUAGGUCGGAGAAGUCACUUUCGUGGGAACAUAACCCGACCCCACGAGAUAAACUACCACGGAGCAUAUGCGGAUCUACUUGAGACGGGAAGUCAUAGUCUCUCAAGGUCCAGUAGCCACAGACCACAGCGCGAACAACCGUCUAAUGUCUAUGGCCGGGAGAAUAAUAGGUAUUCUUACGGUAUGAACGAACCGCGACUGUCGAACUCUGGCAGUCGUGAAAAAGACUUGAACUACACAUUAUUGAAAGCCCCGGCAAAUGUGAGAGCAAUCUGGCAAGAAUACACGGAGGGAAUAAAUGGUUUCCCAUCUGUCAAGUUUCUGGAAGAGGCUUAUGGGAAUAAAUGGCGUCUUAAGAAAAAUGUCAAGACGUUUGCAAGGCGCAAGCGGCUUUAUAAAUUCAUAGUCAAUGGCAUGAAACAAGGCCACAGCGCUGACGAAAUGAUCGACAUCUUAGAAAACAGAAGAAUCUACAAUAACGAGCAUGGCGAGGUGAAGAAGCGUACCAUUGGAUGGCUACAACAAAGCUUAAGCGGCAUCUGA